AUGACUGAAGAGAAUGAUGUGACCAAAGCAACUUGUACAGAAGAUUGUGUCUACACAAGAUAUGAAUAUGAAAGGUAAAUACAUUGAAUACACACUAUUAAUGCUACUAUAUAUUAUUAUUAUUGCCUAUUUUUAGCAGUAUGGCUGCUGUUGUGUUCUUCAAGAAAGAAUCCAAACUUCCUCCACAAACAUCCUAAAACAACUUAAAAUUAAAUAGAACAGAAAUCAAACUUAUAUCCUUUUGACAGCAGAAAUUUCUUGAGGAUCAUGUUUGGAACAUUUCUGGAAUUACCCAUUGGUUUCAGCACAUAUAGAUUUUCUUUAUGUACAUAUAGUUUAAUUAAAUUAUAUAUAUUAUAUAUCUCUUCAAUUUAAUGCCAUAUUAAAAUGAAGUAAACAAGGAUAUGAUUAUGAACUGCUUUGUGUUAUAUUAUAUGAAGUAUUGAAUAAUUCAAACAUGGUGGAGAACUGAAGAGUCAGUGAACUAUAUGUUUUGUAUCACUUUUUUUUAAAGUUUCUAAUACCUUUUAUUUAUGCUGCAGUAUAUUUAUACAUAAAAAGAAAAGUAUUAUUUCUGCUUCGACUAUUUUAAAGGUAUAUAUACCCAUUUGGUUUAUAUAGUAUUUAUAUAAUAUUGUUAUUGACAUUAUUUAGUUUAUACUGUUAUUUUUUAGGUUGCAACACUUGAAAAAAUAGCUAAGUCCUGCAGUUUUGGGAAGAGAGUGAGAUUGAAGAUGACGCAGAACAGAUAUUCUCUGGGAGAAUAGCACAGAAGAUAAAAUUUAUCCUCGAAAGUAUUGACAUGUGCCAUGAUGCAACUGGUGAUGAGGAAUCUGAAGCACUCAUGCAAAUGAUCAAGAAAGUGAUGACCUGUUGCCAAGAAUUGUUGUUGACAUUAGCAGAGCUAAAGCUUCCAAUUGUCCGACCAAGAUGGUGCGACUUGACCGAUGCUGGACCAGGAGUCUCCAAUUUCAAGGUAAAGUUCCGAGAUGCUGAGUUAUACCGUAUAUUCAAUUCCGACCACCGAAUUUGUGUUCAUCGUUCAAGAGGGGACAGUGGACAGAAUGAAGCGGAAAGAACAAACUCUGCAAUUGGUGAUGCAGUGGUUGAUGCGGUGCAACUAUAA